GUAAAAAUGGCGGUGGAGAAACGCUUGGCAUUUUCUAUUGUGCAGUUCCUACGUGAUCAAACACAUUGCGGCGCUUUGAAUUCCGAUGAGCAGGAGAGUCUCGAAGUUGCGAUACAGUGUUUGGAGACCACCUUCAAGAUCAGCUCCAGCGACUGCCAUCUUGCUGUGCCUCAGCCUCUCACAGAGAUAUUCCUCAAUUCCCUGCUCAAGAAUGACAACAUAACCAUACCAGAGACCUCCCCAUCUCCAGAAGACAUCGAGCGAGCAGAGCAGCUCAAGAAUGAAGGGAACAAUCACAUGAAGGAAGAGAACUACAGAUGUGCGGUGGAGUGCUACACAAAGGCCAUUGAUCUGGACCUAAGAAACGCCGUGUACUACUGCAACAGGGCUGCAGCUCACAGUAAACUGGGAAAUUAUACAGAGGCAACCGGUGACUGCGAGAGAGCCAUUGGGAUUGAUCCUACCUACAGUAAAGCUUAUGGACGGAUGGGGUUGGCUUUGACAGCCAUGAAUAAAUAUCCAGAGGCAAUAUCCUACUUUAAGAAAGCUUUGGUAUUAGACCCUGAGAACGACACCUACAAAUCCAACCUGAAGAUUGCAGAGCAGAAGCAGAAAGAAGCAACCAGUCCAAUCGCCGCGGGAUUGGGGUUCGACAUGGCUAGUUUGAUCAACAACCCUGCCUUCAUUAGCAUGGCUGCGAGCGUGAUGCAGAACCAACAAGUGCAACAGCUGAUGUCAGGAAUGAUGUCCAAUGCAGUCGGGGGUCCUGCAGCAGGAGUGGGCGGACUGUCAGACAUUUCCAGCUUGAUUGAAGCGGGACAACAGUUUGCCCAGCAGAUCCAGCAGCAGAACCCAGAGCUGAUCGAGCAGUUAAGGAACCACAUCCGGAGCCGCUCCUUCAGCGGCAGCGCCGAGGAGCACUCAUGAUCCACUCUAGCCUCAUGUUUUUGUUUUUCCUCCCCCCUAAGGAAGGGCAACCAUAUGGCGCAAUUACAAUCUCUACACCCAUUUCUUAAAGUCCCCGGCGGAGCUGGCAUGAAGAGACAAGGAUGGGGGUUGAAGGCACUUUACUGUGACUAAAGGCUCUGGGGUGGAGAAAAUAAGGACCUGGAGACUGGACCAUGAAAUGAAGCAUCCCACACAUUUAGGGCAAAACAUACUGUAAACACCCAAUCAUGAAAAAAAUUAAAAAAAUUAAAAAAAAGAAUAAAAAAGAGAACCGAGAACGCGUUCAGCCUGUAGACGGAACAUGAGUAAAAUCUUUCUUCAGAGCUUCUAGAGAUCGUGUUUUCUAUGUGCUGAAAAUACUGCCCUCUUCAUGUUAUGAGUUGAGGAUCCUUCUGUCUAGUCGUGAUGAAUAGAGGGGCGAGGGAGGAAUGUACUUUUACAGCAUUGCAGGGAACAUUUCAGCUUUUUCUCAUACGACACACACAUACACACACACACACACAUAGGACAUCAGGUUUACCUUGUUUAUAUCGCAUCUUCUUUAAUAUUAUUUUUGUAGACAGAACACGCUCUUACUUGUUCAUUGGGUGAUACAGACCAUUCAGUCCAUCAUCGUGUAGGACUCACAUCACUGCUUUUCAAUGAGUACUACUUAACUUUUGAUUAAGACAACUGUGUAAUUGUAUAGCAGUGUUUGCAGCCUGCAUAAUGUUGUUAUUGCACUUUAGCAAAAAUAACUGCCCCCCCCCCUCCCCCUUUAAGCCUAUUUAAUUGUUCAUGAACUAGUAACAACAUAUUCAGAUGGUUCAUUUUGCAUGCUCUUAAAUCUGGUAUUUGAGAUCAGAUGCUUUACAGAAACAAAUAGGUAUGCUA